AAAAACUUCUGUGCAUGUGUCCUGUGGAUAUCCAUGGGAUUUUUCAGCUGGACGAGCGCCGCAGAGAUGCUGUGAUUGCACUGGGAAUUUUUCUAAUAGAGUCUGACCUGCAGCACAAAGAUUCGCUCAUCCCUUACCUUCUCCGGCUAUUGAGGGGCCUUCCCAAAGUGCAGUGGAUUGAAGAAAGCAAUUCGCGAAAAGGCCGAGGCACCCUUCCAGUCGCAGAAAACUUCAGCUUCUGUUUGGUGACCUUGCUGUCUGACGUGGCCUACAGGGAUGCGUCUUUAAGAGAGCAGGUUUUGGAGCCAAUUUUACAAGUGAUGCAAGUUCUCUUGGGGAUGUGUCAAUCUCCACAGAUCCAGGAUAAAGGUAUGUUUCUGAUGUAAUAUUGCACCUUGUAACAAAAAAUAUUAAAUUUUUCCACCACUGU